ACUGUAGUGCUGUUUCCCUAGUGUUAGCUAAACAUCAUCACGACCUUUGAAGACUCCAAUCCCGGUCGAAUGAAUGAAUGAAGUCCGGACACAGGUUUUAGCAUGUCAAAUUUUGCCAUGGGUGCCCUGUGCCGUAAUUUGACCAGGGGAGUGCUUUGUGGCCCGUCGUCAUGUUUAUCUGUAACGGGAUUUCGGGAUUUUUGCAGUGGAGUCUCACGACUGGAUGGCGCUGGCAGUGACAGCGCACGAGCCGCCAGUGCUGUAAACUUGACCUAUGAUGUGUUUGAUGGGACCGUAGACAGCACGCCAUUGGUGUUUCUUCAUGGCUUAUUUGGGAGCAAGUCAAACUUCCACUCCAUAGCCAAGUCCCUGGUGCAGCGGACAGGCAGGAAGGUGCUGACAGUAGAUGCUCGUAACCAUGGCAAAAGCCCACACAGUCCUGUCUUGACCUACGAAGCAAUGACCUACGAUCUGACGCAUCUGCUUGGACAGCUGCACAUUGGGAAGUGUGUCCUGAUUGGACACAGUAUGGGGGGAAAGGUUGCUAUGACGACAGCUCUAUCUCAGCCUAAUUUAGUGGAAGGGUUGGUUGUUGUGGAUAUUAGUCCCUCUCAGACUUCAGCCCGCACCAAUUUCCAUGCCUACAUCCAGGCAAUGAAGGAGGUGAAGAUAGCCAGUGAUAUCCCACGUUCCACAGCACGGAGACAGGCUGAAGACCAGCUCAGGAAGAUAGUUAAGGAGCGUUCAGUUCGUCAGUUCCUUCUCACUAACCUGGAGGAGCAAAAUGGUGACUAUGGCUGGAGGAUUAACCUGGAAGCCAUCUCAAACCACCUAGAGGACAUCAUGGCUUUUCCUGAUUUUAAAACCACCUAUGAGGGUCCAACUCUUUUCUUGGGUGGCAGUAGCUCAGCCUACAUAAGCUCGGAGGAUUACCCUGAAAUCCAGCGACUUUUUCCUAGUGCUGAUAUCCAGUACAUCCCAGAUGCCAGUCACUGGAUUCAUGCUGACAAGCCUUUGGAUUUCAUCAGCUCCAUAAUCACUUUCUUACAAUCAUAGUCCUUGUCUCAGGUGAGGAUACGUACAGGUGCGCCCAAUGAUUAAGGGACGGUGAAUGAAUUGUAAGGGUGUGUGGACCAAGAUGACUGUUAUUUAGUUCAAUCUAGUCUCUUACCUUAUAAUGCACAAUAGCACCGGUAUAUAAUUCCUGAUAGUUAGUGUAUUCAUUUUUCAAUGUGGUAUUUGCACUGUUGCGUAACAUAGUACAUUAAUUUCAAUGUUAUCAAAAAAGGAUGUAUAGAAAUCUGGCCAUGACUUUCAAUCAAGGACAUUUGUUCAUAGCUGUUACAAAACAGUGGAUCCAGUGGUUUAAAAAAUAUGUACUUUACCUUCAUAACUUGUAUGAUAAAUGGACUAGAUUUAGAUUUUUUGUUAUAUAUAUAUUUUGAUUAAAAAAAUUAAAACAAUAUUUUAGCUUUAUAGCUAAAUGACAAUUGGACUAGAUUUACAUUUUUCUUUUUCUUUUUUUAAUACUUUAAAUUAUAUAUUUUUUUGGUAAGCAUAUUGUUGACAUGGAAACCCUUUCUCUGUGCUCUGAUAACAAAUACAAAGAUGUCUAUGCAACAGCGUGUGACUUAUUUAACUGUUCUCAAGCUGAAAGCAUCUCACAGUCUCAGUUUUAGAUUGAAUAAGACCACAACACUUUGACGUGCAGCCAAGAAUUGUUACUUUUUUUCUGGAAACAGAAAUUUGAGUUGUUUCUGAAAUGUUUUAAAUCAUUAAUGCUAUAGGGCAGAAUAGGUUUGUUUCUGUUGUUUCAAAACGGUUGUGCAUGUGCUAUAAGUUAGGUGGGUAACACUUUAGUUUAGGGACCAAUUCUCACUAUUAACUAGUGGCUUAUUAGUUGGCAUAUUACUAGCAAAUUGGCUGUUUAUUAGUACUUAUAAAGCAGAUAUUAAUGCAUAUUCU